GAAACCUCCUCCAGAGACAGAGGCUGAACUUGUGGGACGCUCCCUGUCAACAGCCGGUUUCAAGGGGACCCGCAGCAGCGCGUGAGGCUGCGGCUGUUCCCCCGACUCCUGCUGUCACACGCUCCAUCAACUUCAACUACUUUCACCAACUUUUGACUAGUUUAAGUAACUUUGUGCCCAGUUCACCGAGUCUGUGGAGGGCUACAGCGGAGCAUUCAGCCCGGAGCGGCCCCGAGAGGAACCGUUAACUUCAGCUGCUGCUUCAGGGAGAACCAGGAGAACCGUGAACUGCAGUUUCUGCCUGUGAGCCGCUGCCCCUCCUCGGUAAGGGACCGUGGUGAAAGGGCCAUUCCUCCAGUGCGCCACCGGACGUGCAGCGGGGAGCCUUGAAACCUCCAUGUUGGGAAGUUAGACUCCAGCCCGCGGCUCCAUAUUGAAUCAGAGUCUCCGACCCCCCCCCCCCCCUCCCUCCCUCCCGUGUGCUGCUGGCUGUAGCGGCCGAAGCUGGGUCACCUCCCCCGGGCUGCGAUGGACGAGCUGUAACCGACUUCCCUCCGUGUUCCAAAGAUCCGUGCCCGCGUGAAGAGAGACGUCCGCUACUAGAAGAGAUGGAUCCGAGCUCCGUCAUCACACAAGUGAACCGGGAGGAGGAGGCGAGCCGGGCCGGAGCGGAGCGAGGCUCUUCUCCGUCUCUCUCCACCAAGAAGCCGAGGAGCAGAGGUUUCUUCUCCAGCCUGUUCUGCUGCCUCUGCCGGGACCAGCCAGAACCCCCGCCGGUCAACAACAACGCCCCCCUUCUGGUGGAGGAGAACGGCACUGUCUCAAAGAUCCAGGUGAAGCCGCUGCUUCCUCCUCUGAAGUCAAAAGACUCUGGAAAGAUCUGUGUGGUCAUAGAUCUGGACGAGACGCUAGUCCACAGCUCCUUCAAGCCUGUGAACAACGCAGAUUUCAUCAUUCCUGUGGACAUAGAAGGAACCGUGCACCAGGUGUACGUCCUGAAGCGACCGCACGUCGACGAGUUCCUCAAAAGGAUGGGAGAGCUGUUUGAGUGCAUCCUGUUCACCGCCAGCUUAGCCAAGUACGCAGACCCUGUUUCCGACCUCCUGGACAAGCGGGGCGUCUUCCGCUGUCGCCUCUUCCGAGAGUCCUGCGUUUUCCACCGAGGAAACUACGUGAAGGACCUGAGCCGCCUGGGUCGCGACCUGAACAAGGUCAUCAUCAUAGACAACUCCCCCGCCUCCUACGUCUUCCACCCCGACAACGCAGUGCCUGUGGUCUCGUGGUUCGACGACAUGUCCGACACUGAGCUGCUGGACCUCCUCCCGUUCUUCGAGAGGCUGAGCAGAGUGGACAACGUCUACACGGUCCUCCAGCACCAGGGCCCAGCGAGCUAACAGCGUUAGCACUGACCUCCUCCUCUCCGAGCUCGGCCGCACAUCACGUCAACCUGCUCCUGAAGCUGGGAGCAGUUCCCUGAAUACAUCCAUCUCCAGGAGUCAUCACUGCCACCUACUGGCCAAACAGAAAUCUGCCUAACUUCCCGAAAUUGAUGAAGGAAUAAAUGUUGGAGGACGUUUCUCCACUGAACCUGACCAUGAAGCUCGAAGCAGGAGGCGUGAGGAAAGGGAUUAUGGGAAAGUUCCACGAUCGGACGACUCAGAGUGUGUUUGUUCUUAGAAAACACCUGAGUCAUGUUAUGUCCGUCACUCGGACUCAUCUUCUGCAGAUGUCAUCACGUGAAACUCAAGCUUUUACAGCAAAGUCAUCAGAACCAGGAUCGUGACGUCAAGUUAAACCAGGAAACAAUGAUCCUCCCUUCACUGCAGUUUAGAUUUACAAAUCCCAGUUUGAGUAUUUAAUAAUAAUAGUUAAUAAGAUUUUUCUAUAAAAUCAAUAUCUUUAAACAACAGGAAGAAAGGUAAACUUUGAAGCACAGGAUCAAAUCAAUGUAUUAAGAGGACGACUGCAGAUUUUUAUUUUCCCAAACUCCGACUUGUGUACGAACCUGAAACCACCUGAAUGUGACGUGAAGCAGCCGACGCCGGACGCCGUGGACGGCCGGAGCACCAACGUGUCCCUCCACCUGCGAGACAAGAGGACCAGGAUCUGAAACCAGUGGACGGCCGGAGCACCAACGUGUCCCUCCACCUGCGAGACGAGAGGACCAGGAUCUGAAACCAGUGGACGGCCGGAGCACCAACGUGUCCCUCCACCUGCGAGACCAGAGGACAGGGAUCUGAAACCAGUGGACGGCCGGAGCACCAACGUGUCCCUCAACCUGCGAGACCAGAGGACAGGGAUCUGAAACCAGUGGACGGCCGGAGCACCAACGUGUCCCUCAACCUGCGAGACGAGAGGACCAGGAUCUGAAACCAGUGGACGGCCAGAGCACCAACGUGUCCCUCAACCUGCGAGACGAGAGGACCAGGAUCUGAAACCAGUGGACGGCCGGAGCACCAACGUGUCCCUCCACCUGCGAGACCAGAGGACAGGGAUCUGAAACCAGUGGACGGCCGGAGCACCAACGUGUCCCUCAACCUGCGAGACAAGAGGACCAGGAUCUGAAACCAGUGGACGGCCAGAGCACCAACGUGUCCCUCAACCUGCGAGACGAGAGGACAGGGAUCUGAAACCAGUGGACGGCCAGAGCACCAACGUGUCCCUCCACCUGUGAGACCAGAGGACAGGGAUCUGAAACCAGUGGACGGCCAGAGCACCAACGUGUCCCUCAACCUGCGAGACGAGAGGACCAGGAUCUGAAACCAGUGGACGGCCAGAGCACCAACGUGUCCCUCAACCUGCGAGACGAGAGGACAGGGAUCUGAAACCAGCCGACGUCAACUUGUUUUUUUAAAAGUUCUGUAACUUGUUUUUAAAGCCACGAACAAAACUUGAAUUUCUCAAGGCUUUGAAAGUUUUCUUUUUUAUGAAGCGGUACACGUUCGCUUGAAGCUGUUUCAGGACUUUGUAAUGAAACAUGUCGGUGUGUGUGUGUGUGUGUGUGUGCACGUGCUCCAGGAUAAUUAACUCAGUUCAGAUUCACCAUAAAACUGGGACGCUGGUUUCCUCCUGCAGCUCCGCCUCCUGUGAUUGGCCUGGCUGCUUAAUUCUAUUAAAGCUCUAUGACUUCCUGAUUGGCCGUCUGGUCAACAGGAGGCGUUGUUCUGUCGGCCAUGUUGGACUCUGACGAAUGAAAGCGGUGGAUUUAAGGAAAGUCGGUGACGUAAACGAGACGAAACCAGAGACUAAAUAAAGAUGGACAAUGUGAAAGUGAAGCCAAAGUGUCUCCAUCGCCGCCUGGUGGCCGGAUGUAGUAUUGGUCAUAAACCUCUGUUUCUAACUAGUCAAAUUAGAGUUUGUUCUUUUCACACUGUUUGUUUAAGUGUUUGAAUCAGUUAGUUGAUGACUCUGAAUGAUGUCACCACCACAAGGUGGCGUCGCUCCGACCCCGGAUAUUUAGGCUUCACUUCUGGUCAGUGGAAGGAAGUAGAGACGCGUCGUCCAUCUUUAUUUACAUUCUGAAGGAGAAUUAAAUCCACCACAUUAAGAGCUGUUGCAUUAUCUUCAAUGCUUAACAAAUUCCUUUCUAAAUAAUUUGUCAUUUUAAUUAUUAUUGCGCAUCAGUUUUCCUCUGAUCUGAUAUUUACAGUUCCAUGUCAGACGUGUUUGAGUUCACAGGUUCGUGUGUGAAGCAGCCGAGCACCUGACUGUGAUUGGUCCAGACAGGGUCACGUGUGUGGCUACCUGUCCCUACAUGUCUUUAUCUUGAAUUCAUAGGACAGAGUUUAUAGGACCGUUUGUGUCGCUGCAGGACUCGUUCUUCUCACGUUCACUAGAGUUGUAUAUUUAGUUUUGCACAGUAAUAAAACCACUGUGGUUAAUAUAUGAGAUAUUCCUGUUGUCAUGUGACUCAGUAGAUGUAACCUAGUUCUUCACCUGUGUCGUUCUAUCAAACCAAAUUAUACAUGAACCGUGUAAUGACGUCAUUUCCUUUUUCCAUAAAUCUGAAGUCAAACAUG